AUGUUGUGGACUUUGAUUCUGAAAGAUAUUCGAAUAAUGUACCGUAGUAAAGUGUAUAGUAUUUUCGAAAUACUCAUUGUUAUGCUACUUUUUGGUGGAAUUGGUUUUCUUGUGCAAUUGGUUGGUUUGAUUUUCACGGCCUUUCAAAAAUAGGGAAAAUUGCAAUUCAAGAGAGACACAGAGAAAGAAACACAAAACCCUCCUGUAGAAAUACGGAACACCAAAUUCAUUUGCAGUCCGGCUGCUCGUUGCGAGACCAAGCGCGGGAAACAUGUUUUUCAAAUUUUUUCGAAUUCAAUAAUUUUUCCCGCGCUUGGUUUCGAAAGGAUAGAUCACAUUUCUUUGAAUUUCAUGUUUUGGAUUUCUUUUUGAAGAUUUUUUCUCGUUUUCUCUGUGUCUCUCUCGAUUUACCUUGUAAAAGGCCGUGUUUUUGUUUCAGAAAGUAAAAGAUCAAGGAAAAGAACAGGAUUCAUCAUCAACAUCAUUAUUCCAUCCAAUUUCAUUUCAAAGUUAUAUCAAUUAUCUAGCAAACUCUUAUCAUGCUGGAAAUGGUGUGGUUUUUGAGGAAUCGGCUGAAACUCGAAAAAAUAUAAGUGCGACUUUGAAAGAGAGAGAUGAAUAUAUGAAAAAGAUGGAAGAUCGAAUGGUUCCAAACAUCAGGGCACCGACGCCGUGAGUUUUGGACUGGGCCUGGGCCCCCAGGCCCCAUAGAGGCCAAGCCGAUAGUCCUGAUCUUUUUCAGAUACAUCGGGAUCAAAACUGACUUCAAGAACUUUGACAACAAGACUAUCAACACAAGAAACAAGAUGAGAUUUGAUGUAACUUUGGCCACUCGACGAGAUUAUUAUAAAGAUGAGCCAUGGGUUUUUGAAAAAGGAGGAGGAUAUGGUCAUGAGUAGGAUUUUUAUAAAUAUUUUCGAAAAUCUCAUCGAGCACGCAACGCAGACCGCGUCGCGCCACAACACACACACAAAUAAGGGAACGAUUGUGUGUUGUGGCGCGGCGCGGUUUGCGUUGCGUGUUGGAGCGCGUGGUGCCGAUGAGAUUUUCGACCCAUCUAUUUUUGCUGAUCUGAUCUAAUCAAUUUUUCAGCAAUAUCAACAAUCGUAUGGCAGAUGUUAUUGAAUUUACUGCACCAUCGGAAUUCAAUAAAAAUGAAAACGUUAUUUUCGAAUUCCAAGGUUCUAUUCAUGAGUCAGAAUUGGUUUCGCUGGUCUUUUGGUUUGUUCAAAUUUUUAUCAUAUUGGUGGUUAUCAAUGUGACGAGAAGUAUUGUUCAAGAAAAAUCGACUUUUCGGGUAAGUCAAACAAGAGAACUGCAAAAUUUUAUUCAUUUUCCAUUUUUUUUUAAACUUUUUCUCACGGUUUUUCAUCUACUAGUAUACUCCGCCUGAAAAAGGGAAAAGUCCAGGGUUAAUUUUAAAACACGAAGUACUGUAGGUGUUUGCGCGUAGUGUUUGUUGUUUGCAGAUUUUUUUCAGCGUGUGUUUGCGGAUUUUUUUCAAUUUUUUUUUCUUUUUUUUUUUCUUUGAAGCCUAGGUUGGGAUUUUUACGUGCGACAAACAGAAAAAUGCGAGAAAACCAGCCAAAAAAAUGGAAAUUGAAUAUAUUUUUGCAGUUCGAUUUGUCCUUUUCUCCAUUUCUCUUCAAAUUUUCCUUGUUUUUUUUCAUUUUUCCCCGAGGCAUGUCCUCAAUAAUAUCUCAUGAAAAAUCGAUUAAUUUGCAGACUUAUUUGGUUUCAAUUGGUUUACGAAUUCACACCUAUUAUCUCGCACAUUUUCUCUUCAAUUUGACGAAAUGUUUGCUGAUUUUCUCGCCAGGAUUGGUGUUUUUUGGAAUGACUUGUAAGGUGAGAGGCUUAAAUAAAUUAUGUGUGCAUUAGAGCGAACUUUAUACAAUACUUUUAGACCACCCUUGGCGCCAUCUACCAAAGUAUAACAAUUCUUCUCUUCCUCAUCCCAUCCAUCUCAUUCGCAUUUUUGAUUGCAAGCUUCUCAAAAUCUCAAAAAUCCGCCAUCUUGGCUUGUAUCAUUAUUUGGGUAUUGCUCAUUAUUACACCACAAAUUAUAUUUGGCAGCAAUCAUGAAAAACUCAUGAGUUAUUCUUAUGUUUUGCCAUCAAUUUUUGUCUUUACUUUCAAUAUGUUUUUCGUGAAAAAAACGCUGGAAAGAAUGGAGGAAUUGGGUGAGGAAUAAGUCUAGCGGAAGGAAAACCAUGAUUUUGUUUAGAUCAAUAUUCAGUAUGGUCAAGUUCUGAUCGGAUUCUUCCACUUUAUGCUCUCUGGAUUUGUAUGAUUUUAAAUUCUGUGAUUAUGUUUGGAUUAGCGGUAUUGAUUGAUAGAUCGGUUGGAAGAUGGACCCCUUGGGGAUGGUGGAAAAGGGUAAGAAAUAUAUUUUGUGAGACUCAUACAUUUUGUGAGACCAAAUCAAAUUUUAGCGCCGCGCACUCAGAAGACAUCACGAUAAUCAGGAUGAAGAUGGAAAAGAUGGAGCGAAAUCGCCACUUUUGGUUGAACAAGACACAAGUGUUCGUCGAAAACUCGAAUCAGAUAUUGAUAUUUGUGAUGUUGUGAAAAUCUAUGAAGAGACUGGUGAAAUGGCUGUAAAAGGAUUGAAAAUGAGAGCAAUUCGUGGACAAGUUGCUGUAUUAUUAGGGCAUAAUGGAUGUGGAAAAAGUACGACAUUUUCAAUGAUUUCUGGAAUGAUUAAACCAACAAAAGGUACAAUUCAAGUUGCUGGUCUUGAUGUUGUUUCGAAUUUGAAAGAAGCUCGUCAGAAAAUUGGAUUAUGUCCACAAUAUAAUCCAUUGAUUGAUAAGCUAACUGUUUGGGAACAUUUGAAAAUUGUUCAUAAAUUGAAAAAGGCUCAAAGUGAUUUCAAAACUGAAGCGAUUGAAUUAUUGGAAGCUAUUGGGUUGUUGGAAUCGAAGAAAAAGGUGAUAUUUUGAUGAAACAUAUCGAAAUUUACCAAAUCGACCAUGCUGAUCACGAAUCCGAAGUCAAAAAUUGCCACAAAUGCCUGUGAGCACUUUUCUGGAGCUCCAAAGUUAGAAUUGAGUUUUGGUUUUCGCUCAUUUUCACCUGGUUUCUGGGUGGAAAAUCAAUUUUUAUAACAUGAAUAAGGUUGUUCAUCACAUUCGAAAACCUAUCAGCUUUUUACUUUUUCAAAAAAAAUAUGAAAAACCAGCUGAAAACUAUAAGUAAAUUACAGUUUUCAGCUGGUUUUUCAAAAUUUUCGCAAAACUAAAAAGCUGAUAGGUUUUCGAAUGUGGUGAACAACCUUAUACAUGUUAUAAAAAUUGAUUUUCCACUCACAAUCAGGAACCAGGUGGGAAAAUGGGCGAAAACCAAAACUCAAUUCUAACCUUGGUGCUCCAGAAAAGUGCUCACAGGCAUUUGUGGCAAUUUUUGACUUCGGAUUCGUGAUCAGCAUGGUCGAUUUGGUAUAUUUCGUCAUUUUUCAUCAAAAUUUCAACACCUGACCUCACGUACUUCCCGUAUUAAGACAAGGCCGCCCAAUUCUACUUUCUAUUUUCUAGCUAUCCAAAAAUCUAUCUGGUGGAAUGAAGCGAAAAUUGUGUAUGUUAAUGGGUUUGAUUGGUGAAAGUAGUGUAGUUCUUUUGGAUGAACCAACAGCUGGAAUGGAUUCAACAGCUCGUGUUGAUGUACAAACAAUGCUUCGAAAAUGUAAACAUAAUCGAACAAUACUUUUAACAACUCAUAAUAUGGAUGAAGCUGAUAAAUUAGCUGAUUGGGUAUAUGUUAUGUCUGAUGGUAAAAUACAAGCAUCUGGAAGUUCACAAUUUUUGAAAUCGAAAUUUGGUGGAGGAUGGUUGGUUACUGUAGUUGUUGAGGAGCCGGAGAAGUAUAAGAAUGUGCUGUUGGAAUUGUGCCAGAAAUUUGAAACGGCGUCGAAAAUUGUGAGUUGGAAGCUAUCAAUCGCGCUGGAGCGAUCUUCAUAGCUUGAGAUUUAAAAAUUCUAAUUUCAGAAAGAUGUUCGUGGACAAAUGAUCGAAUUAUCAAUUCCAUCUGAAGAUAAAUCAAAAGUCAUCGAGCUUCUGAAGUGUCUUGAAACUAUCUCCGAGAAGAAUUUCGAUUCAGAAGUACUCAAAAAAUAUGGCGGAAAAAUUCAGAACAUAAAAAUAACAUCAAUCGGAGUGUCGUUGAACUCACUUGAACAAGUCUUCAUAAAUGUUAUCGAACAAUGUGAAAAGGAUGCAAAAAAAUUGAGAAAUGAAGAGGAAAAGCGGGAAACAUUGAAGAAAGUUAUUGCAAAUAAAUUUGAAAACCCGACGAAAAUUGGAAUAUUGAGUCAGUUUAUUGGAUUAUCAUUGAAAAGGUUUAUACAUUUUCGAAGAAAUUGGAUAACAAAUCUUGUCAAUUUUUUUGUUCCAAUUGUUAUUAUGUGUUGGUUAUUGAGUGCGAAAUCUAGCAAGGAAUUGGGAAAUGAAAGAGAUUUGGAGAUUAGUGUCAAGGAGAUUCCGGAAAAUUCAAUUGUUAUAAUUCACACUGAUUCUAUUGAUGGUUCGAAAUGGAUAAGAGAUUAUUUCGCAAAGAAUUCUGGCCUCGUUAUUCGAGAAAUUAGUAUAAAUCGAAAAAUGAUUGAUAUUUUAAAAGAGGAACAAUUUUUCCGAAGAAUAUCUGUUGUUGUUCGAGCGGAAGAUCAGGGGAAAAAAGUGAAGAAGAUCUAUGUUCAUGAGAAUUUGAAUUUGUAUAAAACGAUCGCGGCGUUUUUGAAUGUGAAUUUGAACAAAGCUCGAGAUUGGCAAUAUCAUUUUCAUUGGAUUUUGUAUGAUGAACAGGGAUUUGAUGGCGUUGUGAGUUUAUCUUGAAGUUACACAAACUCACAAAUCAUCUUUCAGAUAUCGUCAAUGUCAAAUAUUCUCGCAUUCCUAUUUGCCUUUGCCAUUCUUGUGACCUACAACAGUUCUCAAUGUGGAUUUUUACACGUGGAAGAGCGAGUUUCGAAAUUCAAGCGACAACAAUUUCUGACAGAAAUGUCACCAUUCAUCUAUUGGUUUUCAAUGUAUUUUUGGGAAUUUGUCAUUUUCGCUGUGCAAACUUCAGCGCUCAUCUCACUCUUUGCAAUUUUUGGAUAUCUUUCGGGAAUGGUACUUUUUCAGUGAGUAAAUUUGCUCCACCGAAAUAAACACGCAACGCAGACCGCGUCGCGCCACAUCACAAAAGGGAACGAUUCAAAUUCCCUCCCUUUUUUGUGUGGCGCGGCGCGGUCUGCGUUGCGUGUUUAUUUCGGUGGAGCGCGUGGUAGCGAUGGGAUUUUGGCUCCAAACCAAAUUUGAACUUCUGGAGGCCAAUUUUCAGACCUAGCCUUCAUUAAAAUUUGAUUUUUGGUCAGGAAAGUUAGUUAUGACGUGGCAGAGCCGCGAUUUUGCUCGAUAGUGAAUUUUGACCAGCUGAUCACGCUAAUCUCACUUCUGACUAUGAGUUAUGAAAGUUUGAACAUACAUUUUCAAAAACCCAAAUUCUCAAUAGAGCGAAUUUGCUAAUAUUUCACUGAAAAAUUUAAAUUUUCCAAGUUCCGCGGUCAAUUUUGGCGCGAAAUUCAACUCUAGGCUCAAAACUAUCAAACACGCCUAAUUUUUGACCAUUUUCGCUCAAUUUUGGCUUGGGAUUGAGGAAAAUGGUCAAAAAUGAGCAAUGAAACAAAAAAAUCGAUAAUUUUGAGCCCGGAUUUGAAUUUCCCGCCAAAAUUUACCCUUGGAAAAUUCGUCUAAAAUUAGCAAAUUCGCUCUAUUGAGACAUUGGUGUUUGAUCUCUUUGCGAUUUUUGGUCUAACCACGCGCUCCACCGUAAUAAACACGCAACGCAGACCGCGUCGCGCCACAUCACAAAAGGGAACGAUUCAAAUUCCCUCCCUUUUUUGUGUGGCGCGGCGCGGUCUGCGUUGCGUGUUUAUUUCGGUGGAGCGUAAUUGAAAUCGUUUAGACUUUUCCUGGUUUGUUGUAUGGUUUGGAUGGCAAUUGUACCCGUUGUUUUCUUAUUUUCAUUCCUUGUCAAUUCCUCAACAAAAAUCACGAUUCUAGUUUUGGUUUUCUGCUUUUUGCUACCGGCGAUCAAAAUGUUUGCUGAACCUAUAAUGUUGAAUGGAUUGAGACUUCGAGGGGUAGGUUUUGGGGGCCUUUUCAGAAAAUUUCAGCAAUUUCAGACCAAAUAUUUGCAUUUCAUCCGCUUCCUUUUCCCGUUUCAAUCAUUUCUCGCCUUAUGUUUUUGGAUUUAUUAUUUAUCAAAUCCAACAAAUUUCAUACAUCUUCGAGUAUUCAUAAAUAUAUAUUUCUAUGCCCAAGAUCAACAUAAUCCCGAAGAUAUUGAUAUUUUGAGUAAGAACAUCUCAGAUAUUGAAUAAUAUCGAUUUUUCGAAAUUUUCAGAAGUCGAUCUUAUCAAUCUUGCCAUUUCUUCUCUAUUUUUCAAUUUUGUGCUCUUCACAUUCACUUCACAUUAUUUUAGACGAUUUUGGAAUUGGAUUUGGCAUUCGAGACAUGUAGCGAGAGAAGCUUGUCAAUUGGUGGGUUCGAAAAAAAGAUACCUUAGGGAGCUCCUAAGGAGUUCCCUAAGGUAUCUUUUAGGGAGCUCCUAAAAUUAAUUUUUUUCCAGACAAUGGAACCUUGUCCUCUUGUUCAAAAAGAGCAAGAAGAUAUCGAAAAAGAAGUGAUAAAUCAUGAAAAUUCGACAGUGAUUAUUGACGAAUUGGUCAAGAGAUUUGGAAAAUAUCAAGCUGUGAAUGGCAUAUUUUUGGGUGUUAGAAAUGGUGGAUGUUUUGGAUUAUUAGGUGUGAAUGGAGCUGGAAAAACGACUACUAUUGAGAUUUUGACUGGAGAGAAGCUAGCGUGUUCUGGAGAAGCGAUAAUUGAGGGGAAAAGUGUUAGGAAAUCUUUGGUGAGUUGAAAAAGCCACAGAAAUUCCUCCAAAAAACCCCAUUUAUUUCAGAAACUUGGAUUCUGCCCGCAAUUCGACGCAAUUCUACCCGAUUUAACUGGCCGUGAAGUUCUCGAAAUUAUGACUCGCCUUCAGAAUUACAAAAAUCCAUCAUCGAUGGUUGAAGAUCUCAUAGAUUGUGUUGGAAUGCGAGGAAACACAUCGAAACCAAUCAAAUUGUGUAGUGGAGGACAAAAGCGGAAGAUUUCGAUGGCUUGUGCGAUUUUGUCACGUGGAAAAUUGUGUAUUUUGGAUGAACCGACAGCUGGAGUUGAUCCGAAAGCUAGGAGAGAUUUAUGGGAUAUUGUUGGAGGGAUUAGAGAUGGAAAUUGUGGAGGAGGAGGAAUUAGUGGAAGUGUUGAAACUACUGGAACUGCUGGAACUGGAAGUAAAGAAGGAUCCGAACAAUCUUCGAGUUUCUUGCUAACAUCCCAUUCUAUGGAAGAAUGUGAAGCUUUGUGUACUAGAAUUGGAGUUUUACGAAAAGGUUUGUUAAAAGAUCCAAUAUCCAAUAUCCAACUUAAUUCCAGGUAAUAUAAUUGCAUUGGGAAGUUGUCAAGAACUCAAAUCAACCUAUGGAAAUACAUUCACUCUUACAAUUUGUUUGAAGUUAUCCGAAGUUUCGCAAAAUGAGAAGAAGAAGGAGAUUGUGAGAGAAGUGAAGGAGAAAUUUGCGGCGAAUUUGUUGACUGAUGAAAAUGAUGAUGUGGCGACGGAUUUGGUUUUUGAGGUGGGGGUUUUUUUGGAAGGGGUGAGGGCUUCCAAGUAUCAAUUCCAACCAGCCCAUUUCUGGGAACCCUCAAAAAACUUUCUAAUUUCCAGAUCCCGCGCAAAAAAUCUGAUAAAUGGUCCACAAAAAUGGCAGAAGUCAAAAAAUUGGCUGAUGAAAUGGAAAUAAAAGAUUAUUACUUGGUUCAAUCAUCACUCGAAGAUGUUUUUAUCAAAAUGAACUCGCAAAGUAUUGAAAAGAAGGAUCCACAGAAUACGGUAUGAUUGAAAAUGUUUUGAAUGAAAGUUACUUGAAUUUUGCCACGUUUAUGACGUGGCGAAAAACAAAAAAAAGAAAAUACGCUGUGCAUUUUUAGCUAUGACGUGGCAGUUUUUGCGAAAACCAAAAAAAACGAAAAAUAAAAAAAAGUGUGCGUGAAGUAAAAUGCAUGCACACAUUGUUAGCCACAGUAGUUUUUUUCGUUUUUCGUUUUUUUUUGAAAGUUGCUUCGUAUUAUCGAAUAUCCACGCGCUCCAACACGCAACGCAGACCGCGCCGCGCCACAUCACACACAAAAAAGGGAACGAUUCAAAUUCCCUCUUUUUUGUGUGUUGUGGCGCGGCGCGUGCUGCGUUGCGUGUUUAUUUCGGUGGAGCGCGCGACUAGUUUAAUUUUUGCUCUACAUAAACUAGAAAUUAGAAUUCACCUGUCUCAAUGUCUUUUUUUUUAUCCAAAACUCAUGGCGUGUACAUACUCUAAUAUUUUUAUCGACACCGAAACCUUCUACAUUUACACACUCCACAUUUUGACAUGUUUCGAAAUUCCCCUCAAUUUAUUCGGAGCCUAUUGCAUCAUUUGGCAAACUCCCAAAAACAUGUUGUCGGUUCGGAAAAGUAUGAUGAUUUUGCAUUUCACCAGCACAUUUUUGGAUGUUUAUUUGAGUCUUCUGGUUUGUCCCUUUAUAUUUCUACCGUAUGCAGCUGGAUAUUCAUUGGGAUUAUUGAAUGAAGUUGGGAUUGCCACGUGGAUUCAACUCUAUGUUGGAAUUAGUUUUAUUGGAGGUACCUAGGGGAAAAGGGAGCAGCUGAAACUUUUGUCUACUCGUUGAUUUUCAUCAGAAAAUCCUCACAAGGGAACCUUCUUUACUCAAAACUUCAAAUCUUGAUGAAAUUUUGUCCAUAGACAGCUUUUGGGGUCAUAAAAACACCCUAAAAAUUUUAGUCUCCCAAUGGACCUCUGAGCCAAGUUCUGGGCUCUCAAAAGUUCAAAAAUUGCCAGAAUUGGCUCAUAAAACACGUCAUAACUCAAUUCUCGAUCAAUUUUAUGAAAAACUGAGUAGCAGAUGAUGAUCAGCGUGGUCGAUUUACGCAAAAAUCAUCAAUAAAUCAAAAUUUCAGAAAAAAUUUCGAUUUUGGAAAAAAGAAUGAGCAGGGGCACAUAUGAAUUUUCAUGAAUUUUCAGCCCAAAAAUAAAAAACUUCAAAAUUUUUCGAAAAAUUUUUUUUUAUUGAUGUAUUUUUAGUAAAUCGACUAUGCUGAUCAAUAUCUGAAACUUUAUUUCUCAUAAAAAUUAUUUUGAAAUGGAGCUAUGAUGACUUUUAUGAGCCAAUUUGAGCAAUUUUUGAACUUUUCAGAGCCCAGAAUUUGGCUCAGAGGUCCAUUGGGUAACUUAAAUUUUUAGGGUGUUCUUAUGACCCCAAAAGCUGUCUCUGGACAAAAUUUCAUCAUGAUUUGAAUUGUUGAGUAAAAAAGGUUUCCUUGUCAGUUUUCAGUAGUCGGAACAUCUAUUGUAAAUCUAUUCGAAAGUCGCUACCACAAGUUAUCCUCAUCCUCAAACCAAAAUUCUACAACUACAAUCCACAAAAUCUUUCGAUAUUCCCUGACAACUUUUCAAUAUAUCUGGGCGUUCACUUUUAUUCUCCCGGCAUUUUUGAAUAUUCCGGAUCCAGAUUUUGCGAUUCAAAAGUUGACGAAAGCUUUACCCUGCGUCGAUUCGACGCUCUUCCAAAGUCCCUAUUUUUUCUGUUUGACUUUUGAAGUUGGCAUCGCGGUGUUUUCAAUUCUGACAACUUUGACAUUGAUUAUUUCCCAAGGGUUUUUCUAUAUCAUUAGCUCGUUCAGAAUUCUCAAUAAGAACAAAACCGCAAGUUCGAAAGGAACCUAUCAACUUCGAAUGAAGUUUAUGCUAGCAUUGUGCUUGCAAGUUUUCAUACCAAUGAUUUUUCUAGUUAUUCCAGCUUCUUUCAUAGUUUUCUCACUUUACACACGGUAUUUUAAUCAGGGGUUGACGAAUUUGAGCACGAUAUUUUUUGCAACACAUGGUGGAAUUUCUUCAAUUGUUACUGUUAUUGUUCACAAACCUUAUCGUGAUUUUACAAUUGAAUUGGUUUAUCGUGUAACUUUAUUUCGAAUUGGGAAACGGAGUUUGAAUGAAAUUAGUGUUGUUCAGAAGAAGAGACCUUUUUCAAUCACCGUUCUUUGA